UCUACACAGUCCUGGCUGUUCUGGUACUCAUUAUUUAGAUCAGGCUGGGCUAGAACUCAUAGAGAUCCACCUGUCUCUGUCUCCUGAGAUAUGAGCUGGGAUUAAAGGUGUGAACCACCAUGCCCAGUACAUAUUGUGUGUUUUGAUUAUGGCCUCUACUAGAUAAAUAUAAGGGUGGACUUUUCACACACUUAUUUGGCAUUGUGCGUUUGGAGUUUAGUAUUAUAUUAAGCAUGUAAUAAGUGCCCAAUAUAUAUUUGUUAUAAAUGAACAAAAUAAAAGCAAAAGUGUAAGUAAAUGUAAGAAGAUGUAAGUUUCACCAUCAUGUAGGGAGGACAGAGGUGAAGCUGGUGGUGUAUUUUAGUUGAUCUUCCUGUUCGUUCACUUCUUUUAUACUCAUAAGUAUUAACACAGUAGGACCAUUAACUUGCUUCCAUGCCUGUGUUUCUAGUUACCUUUCAUUAUACUUAAAUCCAUGAAUAAAACUUAAAUUAGAGCAAACGAAAAGAUGACAUCAUCCUUCUUGGCAUGUCAGGAACCUGUGAGUAGAAAAUGUCAAAUUUCUAUCAAAAAUACAGGCUCAAUUGUGGUAAAGUAGAAAAUAUCAUAUUAUCCAGAAUGGAAGUAUCUGCCAUGGUGCCUGGUAUGCAGGAACCUGCAGAAAACGCUUGCUCCGUGAGCUCAGUUGAAAUAAAGAUGUGAAUUCACUCAUAGCUCCUGAAUUCCCAUUUGUGAUUUUUACCCCUCUCUUACAAGUGUUAAGAGUCUAAAUAUGUGGAAAGUAGAAGAAAGGAGAUCCAGGACCUGAGUCAAUGACAGCUGGAAUCAAGUCUCAUUGCCCCUCAGAUUCCCGCUGUUACUCUGUGAGAAACCAGGACUGCCUCAUCUCUUUUCUCUUCUUUAGAUGUGGCUUCCCUUUUGUGCCAGAGCCACAGGGCAACUUCUCCUGCUCUUUAAUCUAGGCAGAGAGCUGGUCCUGCCUCCAGCAGACCCCACUGCUGUACAGGCGCUGCAGUGGGAGUUAAGGCUCACGGGGCAAACUCUCUCAUUAGAAGGGCAGGAAUGAAAAGACGCUCAGUGUAGGAGCAGUUCCGGAGAGUUGACCAGAAAGAGAUCCCAAAAGGGCAGAUCCUCACCCUCCCUAGUCCUAGACAGCUUCCUUUGCAAACUAAAAUAUCACAAUUGUAUGUUCACCUCUACAUACAGAUUUCCUGAGAGAUUGUAUAGUAGUGAAGAUGUUAGCCAGACGCAGAGGUUCGAUUCUUAUUUUGUUAGUUGGUUGUUUGAAUUUGGGUAAGCUUUUAACUCUACAGUUCAGUCUUCCCAUCUGUUAAACGGAUAUAAUAAAAAAAUACCUAUUUCCUAGUGUUGUUUUGACAAUUAAAUAAAAUUAAGGCACCUGUAGAAAUAUAGUGUUAUGCUGUGAGAUAGUUGUACACUGCAUGAAGAUAUAUUGCUGUGAUUGCUUUAAUAAAGAGCUGAAUGACCAACAGCUAGGCAGGAGGUAUAGGAGGGACUUCUGGGCAGAGAGAGGAAGUAGGAGGAGAUAAUCGAGGUGCAGAGGAGAUGCCAACAGACAUGGAGGGAGUCAGACAUACAGAAUGAAGGAAAGGAAAAGCCACAUGGUAAAACAUUGAUUAAUAAAAGCAGGUUAAUUUAAGUUAUAAGAGCUAGUGGGAAAAGCCUAAGCUAAAACCGAGCUUUCAUAAUGAGUAAGACGUCUUUGUAUCUGUUUGAGGUGGGUGGCAGAAAAGAAAGUCCAUCUGCAGUGUUAAUACAUGUUAACACAUUACUUAGUCCUCUUUUGAAAAGUAAAAAUACCCUUGAAAUGGAUGCAAGCAAAUAAUCGCUAAUUGUACCAUGCAUCUGUUCGGUUAAGUUGCUUCCUGUCAAAACCUGAGGUCAGCUCCACAGAGGUCUGAUCCUACUCUUAAGAUAUUCAUAAUCUGGUGCUGUAAGAUAUACAUGUGAGUUCCUGUUGCAGCAGGUAGAAUAGACUUCUUUGCAGCACUCUGGUGUUGAGGGGAGAUGGACAGCUCUGCUGGGCUGGGGCAUGCAGAGGAGGAUGUGCUGAGCUGGGUAUGGCUGGAACUGGAAUAUGUGGCUGGAGUAAGCAGCUCUGUGAAAGAGAAGUGGAGUCUUGACAAGCACAGGUAUCAGGCUAACAUGUCCAUUAUCCCCACAGGGGAUAAUAAUUCCUUAGAGAUGGCUCUAAACAACCAAAGCCAUUUUGAGGUUCUUAUGCCUUGUUAGGGAAUAGUAACUUGUUAAACACAAACAGCAUUCAUUGGGAAUGACAUGGCUUUAAUCCAUGAUAUAUGUCUAAUCCACUGACCUGUCUGCUUGGGAUGCUUCCUUAGGAAGGAUUCAGAGGUCACCAUCCAGUCAAAGAGAAAGAGGCAGAUGAUUAGUGAGAAGCCAUCAGUGUGGGGGGAAUAAGGGAGUCUAGUGGCCUUUGGUGACUGCUCUGCAUUACAGCCUGUAUUCAGUCUUGGCUCUGCCACCUGUGUGAACACUGAGCCUUGGGUCUCAGUGUCCUUGUCUGUAAAAGCACAGUGCCUGAUUCUUGUUUAUUGUGCUAAUUAGGUGAAUUAUUACAUGCAGUGGUUAGAACAGUAUCUGACACAUUGUAAGCAGGAAUUAAUAACUGCUGUUAGCUAAUUUCCUAAUAUAUAAGUUUAAAAUCCUGAGGGAGUUUGGGGUGAGUGUCAGAAGAGGAGGUCACAUUUGUUGUGCAUGGACAAUGAAAGCCUCGUUUUUACUCUUCCUUUGUUUCUGUGUUUGAGACAGGCUCAUCCUUGUGAGCUCAGGCUAAUUUGGAAGUUACUAUGUUGUACAGGUUGGCUUUGUGCUAGGGGCUGGGGGCUCCUCUGUCUCUGUCUCUCUGUCUCUCUGUCUCUCUGUCUCUCUGUCUCUCUGUCUCUCUGUCUCUCUCUCUCUCUGUCUCUGUCUCUCUCUCUCUACUCCUGGUGCUGCCAUACUUGGCUGUGGAACCCAUUUUCAAAAGUGCAACAAGGAUCACAUAUCUGUGCAACACACAUAAAUUGCACAAUUUUUUUCCCCCAGAGAACACUUUCUGGUGUGGUUUAAUAUCUAUUUUUAUGGUCUGUAGAAGUUCAAUGUGAUAUUUUUACACCCUAAUUUUACUCCUGGAUUUGUGAACUCUUUCCAGGGGUUCAUGUGGGAUGUGGCUGAGAAGCUGAAAGCUUUGUUGGUGUUUGCUGAACAUCGAUACUAUGGGGAGUCCCUUCCCUUUGGUGAUGAUUCCUUCAAGGACUCCAAGCACUUGAAUUUUCUGACAUCAGAACAAGCUCUGGCUGAUUUUGCAGAGUUAAUUAGACACUUGAAAAGAACUGUCCCAGGAGCCGAUGGUCAACCUGUCAUUGCCAUCGGGGGCUCUUAUGGCGGUGUGCUUGCAGCCUGGUUCAGGAUGAAAUAUCCUCAUUUAGUAGUGGGAGCUCUUGCAGCUUCUGCCCCUAUCUGGCAGUUUGAAGAGUUGACGCCCUGUGGUGUGUUUAUGAAGAUCGUAACUGAAGAUUUUAAGAAAGGUGGUAUGAAAUGUUCGGAGAGCAUCCUCAGGUCUUGGGGUGCCAUUAACCGACUCUCCAAUACGGGCAGUGGUCUACCAUGGCUUACCAGAGCCUUUCACCUGUGCAGCACCCUAAACUCUGAGGACAUCCAGCGCCUGAAAGACUGGCUCUCUGAGACCUGGGUGAACCUGGCCAUGGUGAACUACCCGUACCCGGCCAACUUUUUAAAGCCUUUGCCUUCUUGGCCUGUCAAGGAAGUGUGCCAGUAUCUGACAAAUCCCUAUAUGUCGGAUUCCCUGCUGGUGCAGAACAUUUACCAAGCUCUGAAUGUAUAUUAUAAUUAUUCAGGCCAGACCAGAUGCAAUAAUAUUUCUGAAACAACAAUUGGCAAUUUAGGAUCCCGGGUUUGGGGCUAUCAGACCUGCACAGAAAUAAUCCUGCCUUUUUGCACGAAUGGUGUUGAUGACAUGUUUGAACCCCGUACAUGGGACUUAGACAAGUAUUCUGAUGAUUGUUAUAAACAGUGGGGUGUGAGGCCACGGCCUUCCUGGGUCACUACCUUAUAUGGAGGCAAAGACAUCCGUUCACAUUCAAACAUCAUUUUCAGCAAUGGUGACCUGGACCCAUGGUCGGGAGGUGGAGUUACCGAAGAUCUCUCCGAUACCCUGGUGGCAGUCAACAUCCCAGAUGGGGCCCACCAUUUAGACCUGCGACCCAGCACUGAGACGGACCCACCAUCCUUGCAGUUAGCCCGCUCUGUGGAACUCAGACACAUGAAGCAGUGGGUCUCAGAUUUCUACGGCAAUUACAGAAAGCAGCCCUGAGCAACUUUUCAAAAUCAUUUUUACUUUCUUCUUUUAUGUUCGCUCCACCCACAUACCCAUUCACUUUGAUUUUUUUAUAUGUAAUUACUUUCCCUCAUUUGUCAUUGUAUUUGUUGGGCCAAGAGACAGAAGAGCGUGACAGGGGUGGGCGCAGCCAUCCCACCCAGGUGACUGCUCCGUCCUCACUGCCUUUGUGCCAUCUCCAGGAAGAAUGCCAUCCUGGCAGCUCUGAUGCCAUCAGAACUGGCAUGGUUCCUGACUGUCUUUCACCAGAGGGAGAGUCACUUUUCUCCCAAGCGGGGGGAUGUCUCCUCGGUUUUGAGAUGGAAGUCUCUCUGGCCCAUUGUAAGCCCCCAUUCCUGCCACAAAAGGAAAAGCAGAAGCUGGAUUAAAAACGCUGCAGCUGCGGCUGGUGGGCUGUGUGAUGCCAGUCCAGGAAAGGGCCGCUUCCUGUGAGCUCCAUGACUGCCUUUGAACUGCAAUAAAGAACAGGGCAGAC